GGGGCUGCUGGGAAGCGGCUGCCGGGUUGAGGGGGCUUUUUUCCGUGUCCGGGUCGGUCCUACGAAGUCGGAGGGGAUUGAGCGGGGCGAGGGGGGUCUGCGGUCCGUUGGAGAGAGUAAACAAAUCAACUCUGGUACAGCUACAAAGAUUUGGACCAUUGAUAGUCUUCCUCCCGUUCAUCGUGAACACAACAUCAGACAGCAGUUUCUUCAACAUCAGGAAUAGCUGAGCUCCUUCUGGUUGCCCUUUCCAGUACUAUGAAGCUGCUGAAUGAUUUGCGGAACUGCAGUUUUGGCUGUUGAUUUACUUGUGCUUCCUGUCUGGUCUGAGAUGGAAGAAGACUCAACUAUCCCAAUUUGGCAGAACAAACCAUAUGGCUCAUCACGCAGCUUUGUCAGAAAGAUUGGGACAAAUCUGCCUUUAAAACCGUGUCCUAGAGCAAGCUUUCAGGCUCUACCAAACGUUUCAGAUCUCUACUUAAAUGACACUCCCCCUGUUCCCACCCUGGCAGAUGUUGCAUGGAUCGCUUCAGAUGAUGAAGAAACAUACGCUAGAGUCAGGACAGACUCUCGUCCUCUAAAGCACAAGUGGAAGCCCAGCCCAUUCUUUGUUAUACAGCGGAAUGCCUCUGUCCCAAAUUUGAGAAAGCAAGAAGAAAAGUUGUUGGCUUUGAAGAAACCAGGUUUACCUGCCUUGAGUCGGACCACGGAACUCCAGGAAGAGCUGAGUCAUUUGCGGAGUCAGAUAGCAAAAAUUGUAGCUGCAGAUUCUGCUUCCUCUUCAUUAACGCCAGAUUUGUUAUCUCCAGGAAGUUCAAAUGUAUCUUCUCCCUUACCUUGUUUUGGAUCCUCAUUCCAAUCUACAACUUCCUUUGUCAUUAGUGAUAUAACGGAGGAGGAGGCAGAAUUAGAAAGUCCAGAACUUCCAUCUGUUUCCCUGCUUUGUUCUGCAACCUCUGAAUGUUGUAAAGCAGACCCAAAGGAUUCCGACGAUGAAGAUUCUGUGUCUCUGUCAAAGGCCAGCAGUUUUGCAGACAUGAUGGGCAUUCUUAAAGACAUUCAUAGGAUGAAGCAGAACAAAGAUUUGAACAGAACUUUACUGAAAGAGGAAGAUCCCGCGGUUCUGAUAGCAGAAGUUUUAAGAAGAAAAUUUGCCCUGAAGGAUGAAGAUGUAAACACGAAGAACUGACAUUAUGCUCCCCUAUUACUCUGUAAGCAAAUUAUUGUACUCCCAAGAUCAUUUUUUUCUCCACAGUGGCUUGCCUUCCUCGAACAUCAGAAUCAUUUAGGAGUUAGGCUUCCUCUGAGUGGAGCUGUGGACUUGCUGUUUUUCCACACAGCUUAGAAAGAUGCAAUUUUUUAUAGGGUAAACUGUUUUCCACAACUGUUUUUUGCAUUGUUGGUAAGAACUCUUCUGUAGCAGAACACACCAGAGACUUGACUGAACGAUUUAAAUUAAAAACGAUCUAUUCGUAAUUUUGCUGCAAAAAAAUGGCUAGCUGCUGGUUUAUAUACUAUAAAUAGAUACAAGUACCUUAAUUCCCAAGCCUGUGGUAAGUUAUCAAGAUCCUUAGUCCUUCUAG